GCACUCAGGGUAGCUAUUCGGCAGCUUCCCAAAGAUGCAUCUGCAGUUCAAAAGGCUGCAGUUCAAGUGAAACGACAAAAACUGGCUGCACGUAUUUCGAAAUUUCAUGAAAUUGCUGAUGCUAUGACAGAGGGCAUUGAAGUCCAUGGGGGUACUGAGCACAUGGAUGACAUCAGAUUUUGCACUACAGAUGUGGUGGAGGAAGUACGCGAGGCUGCAGAUAUUGAAGAUGUGUUGGAAGAGAUUGAUGAGGAAGUUCCUGCAGAAGCCAUGGGCAUUUGGAUGCCAUCUUCAGUGCUCCGAAAUGAGGCUUUAGCCCUGGGCUUGCACACUCUGCAAGCUGAAGAACUGGAGUUACGAAAGGGUCAAGCAAAUGAUUGCUUGGAAAAGUUACGGCAGGCUCUCGGUCAUAAAGCGAUAAUUUACCGUCAACAUUUCCGAAGUGCAGAUUCCACAUGGACAGGAACCAGGUCAAAGCAGGAGGCUCUACGAUGCCGUAUCAAAAUAGAGAAGUGUGUCCGAAGGUAUCAAAGGGCAAGGGGUUCAAUGCAGAGACUAGGGGCUGAUGAAGAUACUCUGAGGACGAUUUAUCAAGACAUUCAGCCACACCAGCUCAGUGUGGACAAGGAAGUGACGGAAGAGAACAGAUAUGGACAGGGAUCAGACAGACUGGCUUGGUUUUGGCUAGUCAAUAAUGGUCAUGAUUCGCAGGAAGAUGUUUGGAUGGAUGAAUUCUACAGGGUAAAUUGGUUGAAAGCUAAGGCUAGAUGGCAAAGGUGGGAGGAGGAGUUGAGAUUGGUCCAACACGAAAUGGGUUGGACAGUGAGUUGGUUUAAAUACAGGAUGGAAGAAUGGGACCAAAGAUACCGACAAGCUACAAAGCCUGGUCAUCAAGCUUAUGCACAUCGACAGGUGCUCUUGUGGGGAAGAUUUGCAUUGGAUGCUGAAAAUUCAUUCAAAGACAAGAUGAUUGUAGUCACUUAA